UCCAGAGUCUUUGCAGUUUGCUCAGAAGGAAGGACUACGGGGUAAUGACAGUAAAGUUUACUCGUUCGCCCACAGAAAGACGGACUUUGGCUGGCAUAAAGUGAGGAGAGUCGCGUAUAGAAGAUCAUUUACACGUUGUUUAAAAUGAGGACGAAGCUGUAGUCGACUUUUUUGGUGGGGGAAACGAAAGGUUGACGGGUCAACAUGGAUGUCCGGGGGGGCGACAGUGCCGCUCUGAGCUGGAAUUAAGGCCGUUUAGGGACUAUUUCUGGUCGGGGGAUUUUAUUGUUUUCUCAAUUUCAGAGUCAAAAGUUGGAGUUAUCGCGAAGAACUGUAAGGAAAGAUGUUGACGCUGUCAGAGAGACUUGGGAAGGACUUCCUUAUGACUGCAGUGGUAGGCACCCCAGCCACACCAGCCCCAGUGGGGCCCAACAUCUCCUGGUUCCCUGAACUCCCUUUGCUUAGUCAGGACCAGCCCACUUUCCUCAUGACCCCUGCAGCCCAGGCUGUGUCUGGCUUCUUUGUCUGGAUCGCCCUUAUCCUCACCUCUCACCAGAUCUACAUGCACCUGCGUUUCUACAGCUCACCUCGGGAGCAGCGCCACAUCAUACGGAUCCUCUUCAUCGUUCCUAUCUAUGCCUUUGACUCUUGGCUCAGCCUCCUCUUCUUCACCAAUGAUCAGUACUACGUCUACUUUGACACCAUCAGGGACUGCUACGAGGCAUUUGUGAUAUACAACUUCUUGAGCCUGUGCUAUGAAUACCUCGGAGGAGAGAGCGCCAUCAUGGCAGAGAUUCGAGGGAAACCCAUUGAGUCCAGCUGCUUGUAUGGCACCUGCUGCCUGAGGGGAAAGGCCUACUCUAUUGGCUUUUUGCGCUUCUGUAAGCAGGCCACACUGCAGUUUUGCGUGGUGAAACCUAUCAUGGCCACCGUCACAGUCAUCCUGCAGGCAUACGGCAAAUACAAAGAUGGAGACUUCAACGUUGCCAGUGGUUACCUGUACGUCACCAUCAUCUACAACAUCUCAGUCAGCUUGUCUCUGUACGCCCUCUUCCUCUUUUACUUUGCCACACGGGAGCUGAUUAGGCCUUACAGUCCGAUGCUCAAGUUCUUCAUGGUCAAAUCGGUCAUCUUUCUCUCGUUCUGGCAGGGCAUGUUGCUGGCCAUCAUGGAGAAGUGCGGCGCCAUCCCUCAGAUUAACUCGGUGGAGGUGUCCGUUGGCGAGGGCACCGUUGCAGCCGGCUACCAAAACUUUAUCAUUUGUAUCGAGAUGUUUUUUGCGGCGCUCUUCCUGCGUCCCGCUUUUCCGUACAUAGUCUACAUGGACAAAAGUCUGAACACACAUGGACCUCUUCCUACAUACGGAGAGUUUGCCCAUUGUGCCCCAAUGAAGAGCAUCUCCAGCAGCCUGAAGGAAACCAUGAACCCGGGCGACAUGGUCCAGGACGCCAUCCACAAUUUCUCCCCGGCCUACCAGCAGUACACUCAGCAGUCCACACUGGAGCAGGGGGUACCUCCGCCUUCCUCACGUUCAGUCAGUACCAUCAGCAGCCACGGGGAUACUGAGAAAAUGCUGCUGCUGAGCUCUGAUGAUGAAUUCUAGACAAGACAGACCCAUCUCUGAAUGGCAGACUGAAUAAUAAAUAAUAUGUGUAUUUUAUUUCAUGAGAGCAUUCAUGUACUGUAAGUAUAAACAAGGACACUAUAAGCUAAUUUGGUGUAAAACGCUUGCUUGCUUUCAUUAUGGCUUUGUUUUAGGAUGAAUAACUUAGUUUUUAGGCAAAUAUUUUCAGAUUUUGAUAGAAUCUUAUAUACAACCCUGUGUUUGGGCCACAUUUUAUUCAGAUGUUGUGACUUUUGUCUUUACUUUGAAGGCUUUAGUUUCCUACAUUUCUUCAGUCAUGAAAAACCUGAAAAGACUUAGGAAAUACCAUUUUUGUGAGACGUUUGCAAUAAAUUGACAAGGUACUACAAAAUGGACUGGGAGUGUUGUCGCUCUCAAAAAAUGAAUUGUAUGACUUUUUUUAUAUUGAAGGAAGUACCGGUAGCAGGUUUUUAUUUUUAGUAAUACUUGGGUUUAUUUUAGUUGUAUGGUUCUGCGUGAAAUUUGGAUGUGGAUGAAUUUGGACACACUCACUUGCUACAUUAUUAGGGACAACUGCACAACACUACUGCCUUAAAUAGAAGCGCUCAAUUAAAUACACGCAAUAAUUUAACAUGAUUUUGUGUGUAGUACUGCGUCAUAUCAUCGCAUAGUACUAAUACUGUAUGUGUUUGUAGUAGCAUGUAUUCGUUUAGGCAAAUCAGGUAAAAUAUUAGAAAUACAUACAGUAUGAUGCCGUGUGAGGUAAAUUAACACAAUUAGAUGUCAGCAAACGUGUAGGUGCCGCUACUUUUAAUUUGAAAGACAGGAAGAGGUUGGGUUAAGUGGACCGGAAGUUAACCAGCACUUUUUCAUGUAUGUAUGGGCGUAUUUGAAGCAUUAGCUACCUGUGUAGCCAGAAAAAGUGAGUACAAAGGUGAAAUAUCCUAUACUGUAUAAACAUUUUAAAGAGCGAAGGUUUAGUUAAAGUAUACGUUACUUUAUUUAUGUCAAUUUGAAUUUAUUCAAACUGCAAAUUUAUCAGCUCCAAUGUGCUACUGUAGUUAAAGUACAAAUAUUGAACGUACUGAACUGUAGUACCACAUAGUUUAUGUUACUAGCAAGCUACUUUAGUCAUGGUUUAACAUUUCAGUACAUCACAUAAUUCGAAAAGAGGAGUAUUACGUCGUACUGAAUAACAAUUCAAUUUCCGUACACAUCAAAGUAAUUUUAAUGUUUAAGCUCCACCCAUCUGAAUAAUUUAUGGCUUCCCCUGGCGUCUGCAAUACCGCUUGUGGACACCGGGGGGAGCUUUGCAGAUUACGUCAGGACAGAACUGGAGAACAGGCACUUCUAAGCACAUUUUACUGUCACUUUGUGUACAAUGAUUCAGCUAAACACCUGUUAUGACUCCCAUUACUCCAUGUGAGGAUUUCAUCAGAAAAUAGAAACCAGCAGGUCAGCUCUCCAGACGUGGAUCAUGUGGCUUUUUUCUAUGCCUUCCUGUUGACAUCACAAGAGAGACCAUGCCUGCCUAUUUUUAAAUGAUGACUAAUGCAGUCUGGGUAAACAUGGAUACUGACUGGAUUAGGUACUCUCUUAUUCAUACAUUUGUACUCCUUAAAACAGGGGUGUCCAAAUUGCGGGCCAGGGCCUUUUUAGGCCUGCAGCUGUUUUUUUAUUGCCUCUCUGCAUAUUGUAAAAAUAAAAUUGAUUAUUAGUGAUAUAUCAUUACAGUCA